CUUGCCCCUACCAUGUCGACAAGCAGAAUGGAUUAAAUCAUGUUGCGCUGCCAUGUUUGAUCUUGAGGAAGGCCAAGAACGCACCUUACGAUUCCUUUGUGAGGCGUCUACGCAAUAUGCGAUCCUUGCUCCUGCUGUUUCCAGAUCAUUGGGGCGACGCUUGCGUACCCUAGCAAGAAGUGCCAAGGUGACCUUGCAUCCCAGCACUGAGCAGCUCUUUUGUCCCAAAUGCUCCCAGGUCUAUGUCCCUGGUUGCAACUGUCAUGUCUCGACCCGGCUGAAAAGAAGGAAACGUCGGAGAAAAAAGGCUCAGGCGCCCUGGGCGCCCAACGCACAAACCAUCGCAGGUGCUCCGACAAAGCGCCAAAGCCAGACUGACAAGACCGAACGGCCGAAGAGGUUUGUGCAGUAUUCCUGCGGCGUUUGCAGCCAUCGUCGCCGUACUGCUUUGCCCAGGCGGCCCAAACGAGCAUGGCAGAAAAGCACGGCCUCAGGGGCAGAAGCAGCUCCUAGCAGUUUGGGCACAGUGGCGCAAAAGAAGCAAGCAGCUGCCUCCGAGGAGGCUCGCAAUGCUGCUCGUGUGGCCAAGCGCCUCAAAGCGAAGGCGAAAGCCACAGCGAAGGCGAAGGCGGAGGCACGGCCGGGCCCCGAAGGGGCCAAGGACCCCAAGGCGCUUGCUCAGCCCCAGCCCCAGGUGGCUGCCCUAGCUUCAGAGUUGGACAAGGCGACGCAGCCAGAGGCUUCAAGACGCAAGCGACCUAGGGAGGAUCAGCUAACUCGAGUGAUGAAGCAAUUGGAGCGCGCAGGGAGUUCCACUGGCUUUGACUUCUGACGCCCUGCCAUCAAGAAAUGGUUGCGCUUGUGCUGCAUGCCCGUUAGGAAUGGACAAACAAGUGACCGUCCCAUUCAUACGGAUGCCGAUGGCUACAUGCCUGC